GAGAGCGAUGGCAACAGAGAAGCCAUUGGUGGAGCGCUGCAGAGGCAUCAAUGGGAUGGAGAAGGUGGUGCUGACGGAAUCCAGAGGAUGUUCCGUUGAGGUUUAUCUCUAUGGCGCACAUGUUACAUCUUGGAAAAAUAAUCGUGGAGAAGAGAUGCUUUUUGUCAGUAGUAAGGCUGUGUUCAAUCCUCCAGAUGCAAUACAGGGCGGCAUCCCUAUUUGUUUUCCACAAUUUGGACGACUUGGAAAGCUUAAACCACAUGGUUUUGCAAGGAACCGACUUUGGGCUAUUGAUGAAAAUCCACCGCCUUUGCCUGAAAGCAACAACUAUAGAGCUUUUGUUGAUUUAAUUCUUAAGCCACAUGAAGAAAAAUUCAGAUUUUGGCCGUAUAGUUAUGAGUUUCGAUUGAGGGUUGCUUUGACACCCGGUGGUGAUAUUAUACAUAUAGCACGCAUAAGAAACCUCAAUAGAGAUGGAAAGUCAUUUUCAUUUACAUUUGGGUUCCACAAUUACUUCUCUAUUUCGGAUAUUUGUGAAGUACGGAUUGAGGGGUUGGAGACAUCAUAUUACUUAGACAAUUUGAAGGGUGAACAACUUUUCACGGAACAAGGAAACUCUCUCACAUUUGAAUCAGAAGUUGACAAGAUGUACCUAAAUACGCCAAACUCCAUAGCAAUAAGAGAUCAUCAAAAGAGGAGAACAUACAUCGUGCGAAAAACCGGACUGCCCGAUACAGCUGUAUGGAAUCCGUGGGAUAAGAAAGCGAAGGCCAUGAGUGAUUUUGGGAACGAUGAAUACAAGCGUAUGGUGUGCGUGGAGGCAGCCAUUAUUGAGCAUCCUUUCACCCUCAAGGCAGGAGAAGAAUGGACCGGCACGCAGCAGCUCUCUGUUAUUCCCUACAGCUAGUCCAGCGGCCACUUGGAUCCCAGAAAGCUUCUCCAUGGCUGAAACUAUAUAUAUAUAUAUAUCAGUCACUCAGUGCUGCCUUUUUAUUCAGGCACUGACUGGCAUCUUCCUCAACAGCUAGUGUUAGGCGACUAUUUCUACCAUUUAUUUAUUUAUUUUCAUUUAUUGGGUCUAUGUGUAUAUUAUAAAUAAAAUUUACAGUUAUUGCGUCUAUUAUGAAUAGAAAAUAUCAAUUAUGAAUA